GCAGCCCAAAGAAGAAAAAGAAAACACCAAUGCUCCAUGAAUAUAUACUAAGGAAGAAGGAGAAGCAAGCAAGAAACCAUCCAAGUAUCCAAAAUCUUGAGUUCAAAACGCAGCAGCAACUUCAUGGAACAUCCGGAAGGUAUCGUAGAGAAGGUUCGGUGUUGGAAUAUUGAAGUUAAUGGGUUAAUCGUCGGAACCGUUGUUCACCGGAGCCGGAGUAUUCAAAAUUCUGGACAGCAACUUUCUCCUAACUUCAGAAUCAAACGGUUUGCGAUUUCGUGGAGAAACGAUGGAGAUAUGCUCAAAAUACCGCAGGCUGUCCAACUGUGACGGGAAUGACAAAGUUAGUGAAUUUCGUUGUUGUUUCCACUCCCGCUCAUCCGUAAGGUUUCGGCCAAUGAUUUCCACGUCUGUACCUUUGCGUUAGACUUGUCGAAUCAUUCAUCACAUACGUACAUGAACAUAUAUGUUAAUCCAUAUGUUGAAUCAUCCCAAAAUAAAUAUGUGAUACAUAUUUAAAUCAUCUUUGUGUUAAGACCAAAACAAACCAAAUCCAUAAAGUUAUUAUAAGUUUAUAUAAACUUUUGAAAUCAACCCAACAAUAUGUGUAUAUUAAUCAAAGGCCUAGUGCGUCUCUUAUAGCUGUGAUUGUGCGGGACUUAGCAGUCCGACAUCACCGACCGGGCUUAGUGUACGUACAUGGUACUUAGGUUUUCGAGUACCACCCCUAUUUCUGCGUGAGUUCGUCGUACCAAAUGGGCGAAUCUCAUAGCUCAAGGCUCGUCCUUGCGACUUAGAAUCAUACAGCAUGAAGUCAUCAUCAAGUAAAAUCAUCAUGACUAUGUGUGACAUCAAUU